UACCAACACUGCGUGCUUCUCCAGUCGAAACUACCACUCAAAAGCUUGUUACACCAUCUCAUGAAUUAUUGGGAUUCGAAGAAACCGCAGUAAAACGUGCACAUCGACCGAUUUAUCUCGAUAUGCAAGCGACAACUCCAACAGAUCCCCGUGUUUUGGAUGCGAUGAUGCCUUAUUUGACACAACAAUAUGGUAAUCCACAUUCAAGAACUCAUGCCUAUGGGUGGGAAGCGGAAAAAGCCGUUGAACAAGCUCGCGCGUAUGUUGCAGAGCUUAUCGGAGCGGAUCCAAAGGAAAUCAUAUUCACUUCAGGUGCUACAGAAUCAAAUAACAUGAGUGUAAAAGGCGUCGCUCGAUUUUAUAAAAGCAGCAAGAAUCAUGUUAUAACGACGCAGAUAGAGCACAAAUGUGUUCUUGAUUCGUGUCGUGUAUUAGCAGAAGAAAAUUUCGAUGUGACAUAUUUACCUGUUCAAAAAUCCGGAAUUAUUAACCUCAAACAACUGGAGGAAACCAUACGUCCCGAAACAUCUAUUGUGUCAAUUAUGACAGUAAACAACGAAAUUGGUGUUAUUCAACCAAUCGAAGAAAUAGGACAAAUCUGUCGAUCCAAGAAAGUAUUCUUUCAUACUGAUGCGGCUCAGGCUGUAGGAAAGAUCCCAAUCGAUGUUAAUAAAAUGAAAGUGGAUUUGAUGAGUAUAUCGGGUCAUAAAAUUUACGGACCAAAAGGAAUUGGUGCUUUAUAUGUACGAAGAAAACCCCGAGUUAGAUUAGAAGCAUUGCAAAGUGGCGGUGGACAAGAAAGAGGCUUAAGGAGUGGAACAGUUCCAACCCCUUUGGUGGUUGGUUUUGGUGAAGCAUGUCGAAUUGCAAAGGAAGAGAUGGAGUAUGAUUCAGAACGCAUUAAACGAUUAUCUAAGAGAUUAGUUGAGGGAAUAACUUCAAAAGUUCAAAAUGUGGUUAGAAAUGGAGAUGUGAAUUUGACAUAUCCGGGAUGCGUCAAUCUUUCAUUCGCUUAUAUUGAAGGAGAGUCACUUUUAAUGGCUUUAAAAGAUGUAGCACUUUCUUCUGGCUCUGCUUGCACGUCUGCCUCUCUUGAGCCUUCUUAUGUAUUAAAAGCUCUAGGUGCCGAAGAAGAUAUGGCACAUUCUAGUAUCAGAUUCGGUAUUGGACGAUUUACCACUGAGGAAGAAAUUGAUCUGGUGGUGAAUCGAGUAGUUCAACACGUGGAUAAAUUAAGAGAAAUGUCACCACUUUGGGAAAUGGUGCAAGAGGGAAUUGAUUUGAAAUCCAUUCAAUGGAGUCAACAUUAA